AUGUACGACAAUGGACGGUUGAUCAACACGGUUGAUCAACACGUUAGAGGAACGAAGAUUUACGUGGAUAAGACGACGAAGGUGAUAUGUCAGGGCAUUACUGGCAAGCAUGGUUCAUAUCACACUCAGGGUUGUUUGGAGUACGGGACUAAGAUGGUGGGCGGCGUGAAUCCGUCGAAGGCGGGGAGUGUGUGGAGCGACACGAACAAGAAGUAUCAAUUGCCAGUUUUCAAAGACGUGCGGGACGCGGUGAAGAACACGGGUUGCGACGCGUCGAUGAUAUUCGUACCGCCUCCGUUCGCGGCAAACGCGAUUCAAGAAUGCAUUCAGGAAGAAUUGCCAUUGGUGGUGUGCAUUACUGAAGGCAUUCCGUCAUUGGAUAUGGUCCGCGUGAAACACAUGCUUAGCAAGCAGCAUAAGACGACUUUGAUUGGACCCAACUGUCCCGGUGUCAUCAAACCGGAUGAAUGCAAAAUCGGCAUCAUGCCGGGCUACAUCCACAAAAAGGGUCCCAUAGGUAUCGUCUCCCGCUCAGGCACCCUCACCUACGAGGCCGUUCAUCAGACCUCCGUUCGCGGUCUUGGUCAAAGCACUGUCGUCGGUAUCGGUGGAGACCCCUUUAACGGCAGCAGCUUCAAAGACGUCGUCCAAAAAAUGCUCGUCGACGACGAAACCCAAGGUAUCAUUAUCAUCGGCGAAAUCGGCGGCGAAGCUGAAGAGGAAGUCGCCGAUUAUAUCAAACGUCAUAACUACCACAACAAGCCGAUUGUGGGGUUCAUUGCGGGUGCCUCCGCGCCUCCUGGACGGCGCAUGGGGCAUGCCGGCGCCAUCGUUUCAGGUGGCAAGGGGACCGCGGAGUCCAAGUUCAAGGCGCUUGAGGCGGCUGGCGUCAAGGUCGUCAGAAGCCCUGCCGAGAUCGGCGAGGCAAUGCUCCAAGUCAUGCAGCAACACUACGGACGCAACUACGCAAGGAACGUAGCCACUGCCAGAUAG